GUCUGCGCUCAGGUACACGCAGCCAAUGAGGGCAGGAGGGAGUGCCCACAACAACCGAGAGGCGGUCCGCGUCGGCACAGACACAGCACACCUUCAGAUGGGGAUGAAGUAGCAGCGGCAGUCGAGCAACACAGAAAGAGCAGCGUCUGAACCGCGGAUCCGGAGGUUUUCUUCACUUGGGGGGGGGACAGGUGACCGACCGCUCCCGCGUCCUUCGGUGGAAAUUACUGCUCGUACACCUUCCAGGCACGCGCACCCUCCGAUUCCCACAAUAGAUGUGACUGAACUACAUUUCUGUCUGAUCAUCUAAGCCCGGCACACCAACAUGGAAAAUGCGCACACUAAAUCGGCGACUGAAGUUUUAGACAACUUCGGUGUGAACGAAAACACUGGGCUGACUCUCGAACAGGUCAAAGCCAACCUGGAGAAAUAUGGACCGAACGAGCUCCCAGCUGAAGAAGGCAAGUCCCUGUGGGAGUUGGUGGUGGAGCAGUUUGAAGACCUCUUGGUGAGGAUCCUGCUGCUGGCUGCCUGCGUCUCCUUUGUGUUAGCUCUGUUUGAAGAAGGAGAGGAGACAACCACCGCCUUCGUAGAGCCGAUUGUUAUUCUUCUUAUCCUCAUCGCCAAUGCUGUUAUUGGGGUCUGGCAGGAACGGAAUGCCGAGAAUGCCAUUGAGGCUCUGAAGGAGUACGAACCUGAGAUGGGAAAGGUGUAUCGCAUGAACCGCAAGGCGGUCCAGAGGAUCAAAGCCAGAGACAUCGUCCCAGGAGAUAUAGUGGAGGUGGCAGUUGGUGACAAGGUGCCUGCUGACAUCAGAGUGACCUCGAUAAAGUCCACCACCCUGCGCGUGGACCAGUCCAUUCUCACAGGAGAGUCUGUGUCUGUCAUCAAACACACCGACCCUGUUCCUGACCCUCGAGCCGUCAACCAGGACAAAAAGAACAUGUUGUUUUCUGGCACAAACAUUGCUGCCGGUCGUGCCAUAGGUGUCGUCGUUGCUACGGGUGUCUCGACAGAGAUCGGGAAGAUCCGUAAUCAGAUGGCGUCGACGGAGCAAGAGAAGACACCGCUGCAGCAGAAGCUGGACGAGUUUGGCCAGCAGCUCUCAAAGGUCAUCUCCCUGAUCUGCGUGGCUGUGUGGGUCAUCAACAUCGGCCACUUCGGAGACCCGGUCCACGGGGGCUCCUGGGUUCGAGGGGCCAUCUAUUACUUUAAAAUUGCCGUGGCCCUGGCAGUGGCCGCCAUCCCCGAGGGCCUGCCGGCCGUCAUCACCACCUGCCUGGCCCUCGGCACACGUCGCAUGGCCAAGAAGAACGCCAUCGUCCGGAGCCUGCCGUCUGUGGAGACCCUGGGCUGUACCUCCGUUAUCUGCUCUGACAAGACGGGCACCCUCACCACCAACCAGAUGUCUGUGUGCAGAAUGUUCAUCCUAGACAAGGUGGAGGACUCCAGCUGCACCCUGCACGAGUUCUCUAUAACUGGUUCUACGUAUGCCCCUGAGGGACAAAUACUCAAAGACAACAAGCCUGUCCAGUGUGGAGACUAUGAUGGACUUGUGGAGUUGGCCACCGUGUGCUCGAUGUGCAAUGAUUCUUCACUGGACUAUAACGAGGCCAAAGGGGUUUAUGAGAAGGUGGGCGAGGCCACAGAAACAGCUCUCACCACCUUGGUCGAGAAGAUGAAUGUCUUCAAGACGGAUCUGUCUGGACUCACCAAGGUGGAGCGUGCCGGUGCCUGCAACUCAGUUAUCAAACAGUUGAUGAAGAAGGAGUUCACCCUGGAGUUCUCUCGUGACCGCAAGUCCAUGUCUGUCUACUGCACCCCUGUCAAGCCCGGGUCCCAGAGCAAGAUGUUCAUCAAGGGUGCGCCCGAGAGUGUGAUAGAGCGGUGCGAGUACGUACGGGUGGGAAACAGAAAAGUGACGCUGACACCAGCCGUGCGCGACCAGCUCCUGUCUAAGAUCAGAGAAUGGGGGACGGGCAAGGACACCCUGCGCUGCCUGGCGCUGGCUACGCACGAUACUCCGCCACGCAAGGAAAACAUGGAGCUGGAGAAUUCCAGCAAGUUUGCAGAAUAUGAGCUGGGGCUCACAUUUGUUGGCUGUGUGGGCAUGCUCGACCCACCCAGGAAGGAAGUGAUCGGUUCGGUGAAACUGUGCAACGAGGCAGGUAUCCGUGUUAUCAUGAUCACAGGGGACAACAAGGGCACGGCCGUGGCCAUCUGCAGACGGAUCGGCAUCUUUGAAGAGGACGAGGACGUGACGAGAAAGGCCUAUACAGGCCGCGAGUUUGACGAUCUACCGCAGGAGGUGCAGAGAGACGCCGUCAAACGGGCACGGUGCUUUGCCCGCGUGGAGCCGGCUCACAAGUCCAAGAUCGUCGGAUACCUGCAGUCGUUUGACGAGAUUACAGCCAUGACAGGUGAUGGUGUGAACGAUGCCCCGGCCUUGAAGAAGGCAGAGAUCGGCAUCGCCAUGGGAUCCGGUACAGCUGUGGCAAAGUCAGCGUCUGAGAUGGUGCUGUCUGACGACAACUUCUCCACCAUCGUAGCUGCUGUGGAGGAGGGCAGAGCCAUCUACAACAACAUGAAGCAGUUCAUCAGAUACCUCAUCUCCUCAAACGUGGGAGAAGUCGUGUGCAUCUUCCUGACAGCCAUCCUGGGUCUGCCUGAGGCUUUGAUUCCAGUCCAGCUGCUGUGGGUUAACCUGGUGACUGAUGGCCUGCCUGCCACCGCCCUGGGCUUCAACCCCCCAGAUUUGGACAUCAUGGAUAAACCACCCCGCAACCCUAAGGAGCCACUCAUCUCUGGCUGGCUCUUCUUUAGAUACCUGGCCAUUGGAGGAUAUGUGGGUCUGGGAACAGUGAGUGCAGCCACAUGGUGGUACCUGUUUGAUGAGGAGGGCCCACAAGUGUCUUUCUAUCAGCUGCGACAUUUCAUGCAGUGCACUGAGGACAACCCCAUGUUCAAAGAAAUAGACUGUGAGGUGUUUGAAUCUCGCUACCCCACAACCAUGGCGCUGUCUGUGCUGGUCACCAUCGAAAUGUUCAACGCGCUCAACAGUUUGUCUGAGAACCAGUCCCUGCUCAGGAUGCCUCCCUGGGUCAAUAUUUGGUUGCUGGGAGCAAUCAUCCUCUCCCUCUCCCUCCACUUCUUAAUCCUCUACGUCGAGCCUCUGCCACUCAUCUUCCAGGUGACCCCUCUGCAUUGGUACCAGUGGACUGUGGUCCUGAAGAUUUCCUUCCCAGUCAUCCUACUGGAUGAGGCUUUGAAAUAUUUAUCCAGGAACCAUCUGGAAGGUGAUGAGGAGAAGAAGUAUCGGAGGAGAUGGCAGCUGAACUAAGACCUCUCCCUCAACACACUCACACAGUUAGACACACAGCUACCCUCUUCCCAUUUUUGAGCUAGGAAACGUUUCUCUCCCCUGCCCUCGUUCCCCACUUCUGCAUGUCCAACAAACCACCACUAGAAAUGAGGGGUGGCUUGCAUGAGAAUGAGUGUGAGAAAGCGAGAGCGCUUGUGCUCCUGCAAGCAUGGCUUUGUGCGAGUGCUGCGUGUGUGUGUGUGUGUGUGUGUGUGUGUGUGUGUGUGUG